AGUGAUCAUAGUCUGAUGACGGUGUUGGAGGAAGUCAGUAUGGGCAAUGUGUACUCUGUCUUGUCACUUACUGCCAAUCAGCAUACUAUUGUUGCAGCUCAUGAAAAUGGAUCUAUAAAGGUCUGGAGUAAUGAUGUGUUAAUGAAAUCCAUGCAAACACAUAAUGGUUCCAUCCUGUCUAUUUGCAUGGAGGGGAAAUGGCUGUUUACAGGAGGCUGGGACAAGACUGUCAGUGUGCAGGAACUAAUGGUGAAUGAGUUUCACGUGGAUGCCAUGGCCUAUUGGUUCAAUAUCCUGUGGUUCUGUCGUAACAGCUUUGUUUUACUGGCAAGGAAAGCUUUUUGUUGGAUAUGCUGACCGAACUGUUAAGGUAUAUUAUUACGGAAAGUGAUCAGACUCUUCACAUAUUAAGCUGCUGUUGGUUGCUCUAUAUUUGUAGAGCUCAGCUAUCCAUCCUUAACUUCUGGGAACACAGAGUACCAGGAUUUUUAUAAAUAGGAUUAUGGAUCCCUGACAAAAGAUGGGAGAUUUUUUGUAUUCUGGUGGUUUCCUCCUUGGUAAACAUUGUAGAACAAUAAUACAUUUCUGUAAAGAAUAUAAAUAAGGAAAGGAAACAUACUAAAACUGGAAGGCAUUGUUUCUCUAGAGA